AUGGCCAUGACUGGGCUCCACCGUGCGCCGUCAACAACGUCGAGGGACAGGCACGGCGGCACAAGGCAGAACGGCGGCGGCCGGAACGAGGACCCCUUGAACUGGUGCGCGUGGGCGCACCAAGGGCACCGCCUGUGGGUGGGCAUGCCGGACUCGUUCUGGGUCUACACCUACAAGGUGGAACGGUGCCCGUUCCCGGGCAACCACGUGUGGAUGUCGUGUCCGUACGCGCACAGGGGCGAGCGCGCGCACCGCCGCGACCCGAGCCGCUUCCUGUACGCCACCGCGUCAUGCCCGGAGUACGAGGAGUCCAAGAGGCAGCUCCAGCCAGCCGGGUCCAACGCGCCGCCCACCUGCUCGCGCGGCCUUCGCUGCAGUUACGCGCACGGCAUCUUUGAGACGUUGAUGCACCCGACCAGGCUCCGCACCGUGAUGUGCGACGGCGGCACUGACUGUCCGUGCAGUAUGUGCUUCUUCGCGCACUGCCUCGCGCUGCGCAGGCGCGAAGACGACGAGGUGCCACUCGUCAUCUUCCCCGCCACGCCGCCGGCGGCGGGCCUUCGUCCUGCGCGCGCCCCGCGCCCGCCCGCGUCGGUGUCCUCCCGCUCCUAG